AUGCACGACCGCAAAGAGGUGCACGCCGCCCACCUGGCCGCGGGGGCCAAUCGCCAGUCGGCCGCGGCAGACUGGGGCGACGACGGCAACCUCUGCUUCGGGGCCGGCGUCAAUGUCGCCGUAUGGCGGCCCACUAGCGUCCCGGAACGUGGUAUUCUGAGCCUGCUGAGGGGUCAUCAAGACACCGUCAAGGCGGUGCAUUUUCUGUCACGCCGGCCAGGCAGCGCUGACGGCGGCCAGCAUCUGGUCAGCGGUGGGGACGAUUGUGCCCUGAAGCUGUGGGCCGUCGGCGGCGCAGACGGGUCUGCCGCGUGCGUCCAGACGGUGGAGGCUGCACACGCAGCGGCCAUCAACUGUCUGGCAGCGCCACGGGCCAGCCGGCCACGACUGCAGCUUCUGGCCUCGGGCGCAGCGGACGCGUCGAUUAAGAUCUGGGGACUGCGAGGUGGCAGUGAUGGCGACGACGGCACGCCGGCCCAACUCGUGCUGCUCCAGACCAUCCAGACGGCCCCGCGCUACUUUCCCCUCUGUCUCGCGCUGGAGCCUCUCGAGGAUGGGGAAGCGGACAGCCCGACAUGGAUGCUGGCGGCCGGCGGGACGAGCAACCGGAUCCAGGUGUUUGUGGGCAGCAGCAGCGCGGAGGCCUCGAUCGACUUCCGGCUGCAGGCGACUCUGACCGGCCACGAGGGCUGGCUUCGCUCGCUCGACCUCGGCUGGGAGCGCAGUGCUGUGGAUGGCAGCCGUUCGGGCGACGUUCUUCUGGCGUCGGCCAGCCAGGAUAAGUACAUCCGGCUGUGGCGGAUACGUCGGGGCGACGACAUGCCGACGACAGCAGCAGCAGCACCAGCAGCCGAUCCGCUCAGCAGCCUCCUCCUGCCCAGCAGCACGGCCUCGCCGGCGGGCAAGGCCCAUAGGAUGCAGGCAGCAGCGACAGCCGGCGGUGCCGUCUAUUCGGUCACGUUCGAGGCGCUGCUGCUCGGCCACGAGGACUGGAUCUACAGCGCCCGAUGGGACCGGGUCAAGACGCAAGACCAAAACGGUCACGGCCUCCGUUUGCUGUCCGCGUCAGCCGACAACUCGCUGGCCGUCUGGGAAGCCGACACGGCCUCGGGUCUCUGGCUCACCACCGCGCGGCUCGGCGAGCUGAGCAAGGAAAAAGGCGCGACCACGGCGACGGGCAGCGUCGGUGGCUUCUGGACCGCGCUCUGGUCGCCGUCGGGUCGCUCGGUCGCCACGCUCUGCCGCACCGGCAGCUGGCGGCGCUGGCAAUACGAUGCAGUCCAGGACCGCUGGCAGCAGGCCGUGGGCAUCUCGGGCCACAUUGCCGCCGUCACGGGCAUCGCCUGGUCGCGCGAUGGUGCCUACCUGCUGUCGACGGGCAGCGAUCAGACCACACGGCUGCAUACCGCAUGGCGGAGGGUGGUAGAGGGGGCGGACACGAAAGAAGAAGGCCUGUCCUGGCAUGAAAUGGCCCGGCCUCAGAUCCAUGGCUACGACCUCAACUGUAUCGACGCCCUGGGCACGUCGCAGUUCGUCUCGGGCGCCGACGAGAAGCUCAUGCGCGUUUUCCACGAGCCCAAGACCGUUGCCCGGCUGCUGGCUCAGCUGACGAAGACGGCGGCCGAUGAUGCGACCACGAAGACGGCCAGCACAGCCUCCAUCGACGCCCUGCCCGAUGCCGCCAACAUGCCCGUCCUCGGGCUGUCGAACAAGGCGAUCGACGCGACGGAUGCAGACGUCGUCACGGAAGAGACCGACAGCAACAGCCACCCCCCCUUUGAAGACAUACUCUCGCGCAACACGCUCUGGCCCGAGACCGAGAAGCUGUACGGACACGGCUACGAGAUCAGCUGUCUGGCCGUCAGCCACGACGGCUGCUUCGUCGCCAGCGCCUGUCGUGCCAGCUCGCUCAACCACGCUGUCCUCCGCCUGUUUGAGACCCGCCACUGGACCGAGGUCAAGCCGCCACUGGCCGUCCACACCCUGACUGCCACGCGCCUCCGCUUCAGCGCUGACGACCGCUUCCUGCUCAGCGUCGGCCGCGAUCGCCAGUGGGCCGUCUUUGAACGGCAGGCCGGCGAGCCUGGCGAGGCCGACAGCACGCUUCCCGUCAGCUAUGCUUUGCGCGAGGCCAACGCCAAGGCACACGCGCGCAUGCUGCUCGACUGCGCCUGGGCGCCGGCCGGACAGAAGAAGCGCGUCUUCGCAACGGCCGGCCGCGACAAGAACGCAAAGAUCUGGGCGGCAGCAGAAGACGGCAGCCAGAAGGAGUCCUUUGCGCUGGCCGCAACGAUCCCCCAGGAACACCCCGUCACCGCCCUCGACUUCCUGUGGCGACCAUCCGCAGAAGCCGCCGGCCUGGUCUUGGCCGUAGGCACAGAGGCCGGCAGGCUGUCCGUCUUCUGGCUACACCCCGAAAGCCUGGCCGUCUCGGCAGCCCUGGCACUGGACGCUGAUCUUUGUCUUCCAAGAGCAGUGCUGCAGCUGGCCUGGAGACCCGCUCGAGACGACAGCGCAGAAGAGGCCAAUGCAGCCCAGCUGGCCAUUGCCGGCGACGACUCGUCGCUGCGUGUGUACCAGAUCCAGCUGUAG